GCAUUGAUUUGUAUCAAAUUAUUGUGUUAUAAUGUGCGAUUUUCUGAAAAUGAAAGUAACGAAGCGUUAAGGCUAAGUUUUUGCUUUAACUUAAAAUUUCAAAGAUUGGAGUCAGUAGGAAAACUUCAUUCAUGACAAGAAGUGAAGAAGAGAGCAAUACAUAUCAAGAUGCGUUUAACAUGUCUUGGACGUACUUUCGUGACUUUUUUCAAUAUAAUUUUCAUGUUCUAUAGCUUUUCCUUGAUAGCUGUAGGUGUUAUUGCCAAAAUAGCUUCGGAUAUUGGUAUUAUAAAGGGAAUUGAAGAUCAAGUUAAAGAAUUUUUAAAUUCUACGACUGUGAAUAUUGGAACUUCAAACAAUGGAAUCAACGAUUGGUCCAUUACUGAGCAUUUGAAUGGGAUAGCCCUGAUAUUCAUUAUUUCUGGUUGUGUUUUAUUUUGCUUGUCGUUUUGUGGUUGUUGUGGAGCCUUGUGCAAUUCUAAAACAUCAAUGACUAUCUACGCCAUGAUAAUAAUAGUAAUGUUCGUUGGAGAAAUUAUUGUGGUUAUUUUACUGUAUGCUGCUCCAGACACGAUUCAAGGUGCUAUAAAGGAUGUUUUAUUUGAGUCAUUGAAAAACUAUGAAGGGCUGGGAAACUUUGAUGCUACAACACUUGGAUGGAUGUUUUUCAUGAAAGAGAUGAACUGUUGUGGUGUUAAUGGGUAUUGGGAUUUCAGUAUAACACACACAGAUAACUGGAGAAAACCUGGAUUAGUGAGCACUGACCUAGAUGCACCCAUCGUAUGCUGUGUUACAGAGCCACCAAGUCCUUCUGACGCUGAUACCAGCUGUGCUCGCGAAGAAACCCUCGAUAUCCACACACAGGGAUGUUUUAAUGCAGUAUGGGACGUUCUAAUGGGCAACUCAAUGUAUACCGGAAUAGUGUUUUCUGUGGCAUUUGUUUUCCAGUUGUUGCUGAUUAUAUUUUCAUGCAUUUUGAUAGCCGGAAAUAAGGAGAAGAGCAAACUGGCGGGAGCUUGUCGGUGGAUAAGAUUACUCCUGAAUUGUUUUGCUUGUUUAGCACAACACUUGGAAUAAUUGUUAUCAAAAUAUUUCUAAUUUGUUUUAUAUUUUGUUGUAUUUUGACGAGAGUAUAGUGCUUUUUCAACUGAUAUGAUUCUAUUUGUAUUAUAUAUUUAAAUCAUAUUUAGCUGAGGGAGGAUUUCCAACGAAUUUGACAAUGUUUUUUCCGGUCAAUAUGAUGUAAAAUACUAUUAAACAGACUUGUUUUCUGGUCCGACAAGCAACCUUGUCUUUAAAUACACAUAUGAGGGAAAAAGUAUUGAUGAUGAUAGUUAUUAUUAACCAUGCAUUGUUUUGAGUUACAAAAGAUACCACAGAAUCUUCCCAUAAAAUUAACUGUCAUAAAA